AGACUUGCAUGUUGACAGCUACACAGACACACUUGCUGAUGCAAAAGUUAUAUUUUGUUAUUUUGGGAGUUUCAACUAUGAAGUGGAUUUGGAUGAUUCUGUUGUGCAUAAGUCUUUUGAUAUCAGCAGCAGAAAGUGAAGUCCACACUUUGGAGUUCUUAUCAAUAAUGUUUUCAAAGCCUGGAAACCAAUCCCAAUACCAGCAAGUGAUCAUGUUUGACGGGAUUUCUAUCUCUCACUGUGAGACUGCCAAUUCUGGUGAAGAGCUCAGACGAACCUUUGAAGACAAUCAACCAUCUUUCAACUUGAAAUUGCAAGAGAGCAUCCAAGACUGUUCUAAUGAAGUUUGGGACUUUAGGAAUUCAUUUAUGGAAAUAUCUCAUUUAACCAACAUGGGAGUGGAUUUAAUCCAGAGACGAAGUGGCUGCACCUACUCAUCAGACCAAGAGUCCAACUCUACAUUUGAUAACUGGGGUGUCAAUGGAACAGACUUCCUAUCCUUCGAUUCCAACUCACGGACAUGGAAAUCAGAAUCUCCACUGGCAGUUCCCAUAGAACGGAAAUGGAAUUCAGGAGAUAUUCAUAAAAACAAACUAGUUUGGUUUCUGAAGGAUGAUUGUCCUUCGUUACUUGUGCUUAUUCUGAAGAGAAGACAAGAAAUGAUUGCUACUAAUACAGACAUAAACAUCUUUGGUAAACCAUUUCCUCAAAAUGACAGAGUGUCUCUCAGGUGUCAUGUUACAAGCACUGACCUCUCAAUACAGAAGGUCCUGUUGACCAGAAAUGGGUCUGUGAUGGAUCAGGUGAGAACCGUUGGACCUUUGCACUUAGGAAAAGGAUCAAUCCUGAUAAGAGUGACUAUGGAGCUCUUAAACGACAAAUACAUGAAGACAUGGAGCUACCGUUGUGAAGUCCAUACCAUUAAGAACAUCAUCUCUGUUUUGUGGGAUGGUCUCACUCUUGAUCAUGGAGACAUUAGUCCACCAGGAAACACAUUUUCAGAGUGGAAGGAGUUUACUUUAAAACUCAUCGUAAUCAUCUGUGUUGUGAUUCUGGCUCUGGUCUACUUUGUGGUUAAGCAUGUCAUAUGCAAAAAGCAAAGGAUUGAACCCAGGGUUGAUUUUGAGUUGCACAGGUUGACUGCAGAUCACAUAUCACCUGAGCUCAAGUCAGUUCUUGCUUCUAUGAUUUAUGGUUCUAACAUACCGGAGAAAUACAAGGAUAAUGAAAAGCUUUUGAAGGAAACAAUUGCACUAGAAGACAAAGAAAAGUAUGAUUUAGAAUUCUAUGGGAAAAGACGUGCGGAAUGAAAGUCCUGUAAAUGUGGAAACAGUCUGCUAGUACAGUCACUAUGAAACAGGGAUCACCAUCACAUACUGAUAUGAAUCAUGUAAAAAAUAAUAUAUAUAAGAAAGCAAUGAGGAUCUUAUUGUCAUCGUUUACUCAAUGUUUUUGGAAUAAGAUAUAAUUGUGCAUGGUCUUAUUCCAGAGGGUUUAAUUGUUCAGUUCAUAGGCAUAACAAAUUAUGGCAAUUGUAUCAUUUCCUUACCUUUUGUGGAAUUCAGCCUAUUCCUAAUAACCUGUUUAGGCCUACUGUACUGCCUAAAUGUACUGUUUUAUAAUACGUGAAAGCAUGGGACAUUACAAUAAACUGGAAUCCAACAUCCUUUUAUUUAC